AUGAGUGAUAUGAGCGCAGACAGCAGCUGGGCCCAGCCCUAUGACUUCAGCAGCCUCAUCCACACAUGCAGCUCCAACAUCCAGAAGAUCAGCCAAAACACUGGUCAGAUCAAAAAUCUCCUCAACCAACUGGGGACGAGACAGAAAACCUCCGAGGUCCAGGAGAGGCUCCAACAGCUCCAGCACUACACGAACCGGCUGGCUAAAGAAACCAACAGACACCUGAAGGAGCUGGGCUCACUGCCUCCACCUCUGUCUCCAUCAGAGCAGAGGCAGCAAAAACUGCAGAAGGAACGUUUGAUGAACAAUUUCUCUGCUGCCCUCAACAACUUCCAGGCGGUGCAGCGGAGGGCAGCCGAGACAGAGAAGGAGUCUGUGGCCAGAGCUCGAGCUGGAUCCAGAGUCACGGGAGACGGAGGCAAUGUGAAUGAACCGCUGGUUUCAUUUCAAACGGAAGAUGAGUGGGGUCAGAGCCAGACUUUGGAGCCCACCAUCACAGAGGAGGACCUGGAUAUCAUCAAGGAGAAAGAGACUAACAUCAAACAGAUGGAGGCCAACAUUAUGGAUGUGAACCAGAUCUUCAACGACCUGGCUGUGAUGAUCCACGAUCAGGGAGAGAUGAUCGACACCAUUGAGGCCAAUAUGGAGCAUGCCGAGGUUCAUGUAGACAGAGGGGCCAUCCAGCUGCAGAAGGCAGCCUAUUACCAGAGGAAAUCCCGGAAGAGGAUGUGCAUGCUGACCAUGGUGAUGUCGCUGGUGUUCACCAUCCUUGUCAUCAUCAUCUGGCAGGCCAUCAAAUAAGAGGAGAAGCACACCUUCAAGUGACUUCCAAUGAGUGUGUGUGUGUGUGUGUAAGCGACAGACAGACCAAUGAACCCAACAUUGUAACACAGAAAAAGCUAUAUUUUCCUCCUCUUAAACUCAUAAAUAAAUACAUACAUUUAAAACUAAAUCUAAAAUAAAAAAUAAAUAAAUACAUGCAAAACAUCAAU